AUGUUGCAGAGCUCCGAGCGUCCCAUUCUUAUGUUCAUCCAUGGAGUCGGGGGAUCGGCUGAGACAUGGAAUUCCCAAAUCAAGUACUUCACCGAUCUGGGCUACAGCGUCGUGGCUCCGGAUCUCCUUGGUCAUGGCUUCUCCUCCGCUCCGGACAAGAUUGCCAUGUACAAGUUCAAGCAUCUCCUCGAGGACAUGGUCGCUGUGUUCCAGCAUUUCUUCCAGAACACCAAGCACAGGGUGGUCCUCGUUGGGCAUUCCUAUGGGGCGUUGUUUGCAACGUGCCUUGCGCUGCAGUUCCCUUCUCGGGUCUCCGUGUUGUGUUUGAUCAGCAGCGGAGGACCUUAUCCUCCUCCGAGAUCUUCCAAGACAGGACUACUCUCCCUUCCUUCGUGGGCCCUUGACCUUCUUAAACCCUGCCUUCUCGCCAAAGCACGCAGAUCCCUGUUGUAUGCAUCGCACACGAAGAGAGUGAGCCUGUCGCAGGCGUUCGACAUCCCGUCGCACGUCCUCCAUCACGUGGUCCACGGACAGGAGCUGCCAGAGAACUCAGGGGACGCCUUGCUCUUCCGUCGCCUCUCGCUUCCGACUCUUCUCGUCCACGGGAUGCGAGACCCGCUCGUUUCCCUCGUGGAGGCGUGUGAGAUGGAGCGCCGCCGAAAUGUUUACUGCUGGCCAGAAUGGGCUCUAAGCUCCAUAUCUUCCAAAGAUCCAUCCAAAGGAUCUCUUAUGAAACGAGCCAUUUUGGAGGUGCUUGUGAGAAACGGAACCUUGCCUGACCUCCCGGGAGAGGUGAUCCCCCGUGCUCACCUUGAGGUGAUCCCCGAGGCAGGCCACAUGUGCAUGCUAGAUACUCCCAGUGAACUCAAUCGACUCCUGCUCAAAUUCCUCAUCAAAUGGAGACGCCUCAUGACUCCCCUUCCCUCAGCUCAUCACAUUCAUUCCUCAGCUGUGAUGCCGACUUGACAAUAUAUGUAUGAGAAUCUCAGUACUACGUAUCUCUGUGAUCUUACUUCAUGUUUCCAUCAGCAUUCUCUGCCAUGUUUCAUUGCUGUUUUCACUUGUGCGGCUGUUGACAACGAUCUAUUUUGCAUUGUUCAACUCAUGUUUUGUCAUGUAC